UUUGUAGUCAGCUAGCAGUUUACAGGGCGAAGAAUGGGGAAAGAUGACUUUAGAUGUGUUGAAUGUAACGAAACGGCACUGGAGUUACACAGGGAUUACAGUAACGGGAUCCUGAAGACAACAAUAUGUGAGUCGUGCCAGAAGCCAGUGGACAAGUACAUUGAAUAUGACCCAGUUAUCAUCCUGAUUGAUGCCAUUUUGUGCAAGACGCAGGCUUUCAGACACAUUUUGUUCAACACAACCUUGAAUAUCCACUGGAAGUUGUGUGUGUUCUGCCUGCUGUGCGAGGCUUACCUCAGGUGGUCCCUGCUCCACGGCUCCGAGCAGAGCACUGACCCUGCUGACAUCAUCAGGUACACCAAGGAAUGGGAGUUCUACGGCAUGUUUGGACUGGCCGCCCUCGAGCUGGCGGCGUUCUUCGGUGGCGUGCUGUGCUUCCUGUGGGUGGUGGUGGGGCGUCUGCGCGGCGGGACCCUCGAGCUCAGCCUGCUCCUUAGAGCCCUGCUGCUGUCCUGCUACGGCAAGGUCCUCCUCAUCCCCGCUGUCAUCUGGGAGCACGACCACUCGCCGCUCUGUCUGGGCCUCAUCAAGCUGUUUGUGCUCACGUCCAACUCACAGGCUAUCAGAGUGAUCCUGAACAGCAGCAGACGUCUGUCGCUGAUGGCCGUGUGUUUAGGCCUGCUGUCGGAGACCUGCGUGGCUCAGGCCUGUAAAAAGCUUCCAUGGAGCGGCCAGGACCUGUUGACAUUUCAAUGAAUGUGAGGCUAAAUGUCGGUUAUCGCAGGAAGUAAACAAGCGGUCGCGGACGCCACAACCUGUGCCAGAGAGAAGCAGUUUUUGAAUGAACACUCUGCACACGGGGCUGGAAGAAGGAAUGUUUUUGAAGUGUUUUUGCUCCACAAAGCCGGCUGUCAAACAGAGACAGAGAGCAGCAGAAGAGAUUUUUUUUGUACUCUUUAUAGAGAAAAAGAUCCGUCUUCAUUUUGGAAGGAUGUCGAGGAGUCGCUGUUUUUCUUUCCGAUUCUAAGUAGACAAUGAGCGCUCUAGACCCCCAGUGAGAUAUUUAUUUGAUUUGAUUACUUUAUUGAGACGGACACACAGAGAGGAGCUCCAGCACGUCCCCUGAUCUAAAUCACCGUUUCUCAUUGCCACUCUGUACGAUUUACACAAACACAGACCCCUAGGUUGUAAUUUGACAAUAACUACCGGUACUUCUCUGUUUGGACAGGACCCAGACGACAGUCUUCACAUUCUCUGGCUCAUU